UCAUCGUUUCUUUACUGGCGCAGCUAGCAGACGACUAUUCUGGCUGCACAAUUGUCAGUGACUGUGGGUGCGUGGUCAAUCGUAAACAGAAGUUUCAAGCUCGUUGUGUUUUCAUUUGUGUCAAGCAGUAUCCAAUUAGUUAUCGAGCUCAAGCGCUUUUUAAACUUGUAAGUGGCUAGUUGGUUCAUAGCUUGCUUUAUUUAGGAAAUCUUUUAAUCACUCACAGACAAUGGCUCAUUACAAAGGAGCUGCCAGCGAGGCUGGCAGAGCAAUGCAACUGAUGAAGAAACGAGAAAUUCAACAGCAAGAAAUUGAAUUGCGAAAGAAGAAGAUUGAAAGUGAAUUGAAAAUUCACAAUAUUGAAAACAAAUUUGCUACACAUUACAAUGCGGUUGAGCAGCAACUCAAAACGUCUACAAUUGGUUUGGUGACACUUGAUGAAAUGAAAGCCAAGCAAGAAAUCAUUGUGAAAGAACGUGAGAAAAAACUUGCCCAAAAAGAGAGAGAGAAACAACAAGAGAAAGAAAAAGCCUUAGCAGCAAAACAAGCAGAAAAAAGUAAGCGUAAAAGACAAAUUCAAGCUUUAUCGUUUAAUCUUGAUGAAAAUGAAGAAGAAGAGGCAGAGGAAGAACUUGUCAUUAAACCUCCAAAAGAAGAGAAACCAAUUAUUCCAAAAAAGCCUAAAAAGAAUCCAGAUGUUGACACAAGUUUUCUUCCUGAUCGUGAAAGAGAGGAAGAAGAAAAUCGAUUAAGAGAAGAAUUGAGACAAGAGUGGGCUAUGAAACAAAAUGCUCUUAAAGAGGAAGAGAUUGAAAUUGUAUUCAGUUAUUGGGAUGGCUCUGGACACAGACGAAGUGUUACAAUGAAAAAAGGCAAUUCCAUCUACCAACUUCUUCAAAGAUGUCUUGAAGUAUUGCGGAAAGAAUUCAGUGAAUUGAAAACUGUAAUGGCUGAUCAACUGAUGUAUGUUAAAGAAGAUUUGAUUCUUCCUCACCAUUAUACAUUUUAUGAUUUUAUUGUAACAAAAGCAAGAGGUAAAAGUGGGCCCCUAUUCACUUUUGAUGUACAUGAUGAUGUGCGAAUGGUAUCCGAUGCAUCAGUUGAAACCCAAGAAUCACAUGCGGGUAAAGUAUUACUCAGAUCAUGGUAUGAGAGAAACAAACAUAUAUUCCCAGCUAGUAGAUGGGAACCGUAUGAUCCAACCAAAACGUACGAUAAGUAUACAGUUUCAGAUAAAAAAAAGAAAGAUAAAGCAUAAAAUUUGCUCUUCGCUAUAGAUCUAAUCUAAUUAAAAAUAAAUAGUAUUAUAAAUUAUUUUUUAAAAUCGAAAAUAUUGUAUAAAGUAAAAACGACUUUUAUAAAGUGCAUACUGCUAAUGAAUUUUACAUUCUAAAUAGUAUCAAAUAAAAAAUGAUCUAGAAUGAAAAUGUUAUUUAUAAAAAAAGCUUUAUUUUAUUCUGGACCAAACUU